GUCUCCACAUAAAAAAAAGAAGCUCAUUUUCCAACAAAUAUGACUUCUCUGCAUGGUGGUGGGAACAACACGUCCCUCUCCAGUGAUACAGAAGCACCACCACCUCCCACCGCCACAGCCCACCGCCGAGGCGGCUGGAUCACCACCCCCUUCAUCAUAGCAACCUUAUUUGGGCUGACGGUGGCCUCCGGCGGCUGGUCGUCCAACCUUAUAGUCUUCCUGAUCAACGAGUUCAACAUCGAACGCAUCGAUGCUGCCCAAAUCAGCAACGUCGUCAGCGGCUGCAUCAACUUCUUGCCUCUCCUCGCCGCCGUUGCCGCUGAUUCCCUCUUCGGCUGCUUCUCCGUCAUCUGGAUUUCCUCUCUCCUCUCUCUACUGGGACUCAUACUUUUCCUGCUGACGGUGGCAGUGGACGGGCUGAAGCCGGGGCCCACGGAGCCAGCGUCGGGAGGCCAAUACGCAGUUCUGUAUUCCGGCAUGGUCCUGGCGUCGAUCGGAUUAGGCGGAACACGAUUCACAAUAGCAACGAUGGGAGCAAACCAGCUAGCAAAGCAGCAGCAGCAGGCCACGUUCUUCAACUGGUAUUUCUUCAGCAUGUACAGCGCUGCCUUCCUUUCAUCCACAGCCAUUGUGUAUGUGGAAGACAACGUCGGCUGGCGUUGGGGCUUCGGGAUAGGAAUUGCCGCCAACGCCCUCGCGUUAGCCCUCUUCCUCCUCGGGGCUCCUUACUACAGCCGCAACGAGACACGUGCCAGCCCUUUUAUAGGGUUGCUGCGUGUGCCUGUCGCGGCGUUUAGGAAGAGGAAGAUGAAGACGACCACCGGAGAUUAUUACUAUGGAGAUGAUGAUGAUGAUGAAGAUGCACCAACAAACUGGUUCAGCCAACUAAACCGCGCGGCUGUGAAGGUUGACGGCGACAUCCUACCAAACGGGUCGGUAGCGAGGCCAUGGAAGCUGUGCACAGUCCAACAAGUAGAAGAGCUAAAAUCCGUAAUCAGAAUUCUCCCUUUAUGGUCCUCUAGCAUCUUUCUGGGCACCCCAAUCGGCGUCCAGCUCAGCCUCACCAUCCUUCAAGCUCUCGCAUCCGAUCGCCGCCUCACCUCCACCUUCACCUUCUCCGCGGGCUCCAUCAUCAUCUUCUCCUUCCUCUCCACCGCCCUCGGCGUCGUCCUCAUCGACCGCUGUGUCAGGCCGGCCUGGAAGCGCCUCACACCGGGCAGCAAGGACCUCACGCCCCUGCAGCUAAUAGGCAUCGGCCACGUGUUCAACUUCGCCAGCAUGGCGCUCUCCGCUGUCGUGGAGGCGAGGAGGCGCCGCCACCUCAUCUCGGUGAUGUGGCUGGUGCCUCAGAUGGUGGUGGUGGGCCUCGGGGAGGCGUUCCAUUUCCCGGGGCAGGUGGGGCUGUAUUAUCAGGAGUUUCCGGCAUGUUUGAAGGGGGUGGCGACAGCGAUGGUGGCGAUGCUUGUUGGCGUGGCGUUUUACUUGAGCACGGCGGUGGUGGAUUUUAUGAGGAGGGUUACGGAUUGGUUGCCGGAUGAUAUUGAUGAGGGGAGGCUGGAUUAUGUGUAUUGGGUGAUGGUGGUGAUUGGGGUUGCUAAUUUUGGGUAUUUUCUUGUAAUUUCUUGGUUGUAUCACUACAAGAAUGGGGAAGUUGUGAGCAAGGAUGAGGCAGCAUAGAUGAUGGUUUUAUCAAAAUGGGUAAAAUUAAGUGUUUGUGUGUUUUGGUACUUAUUUAUGAAGUAAUUAUAUGCUUGUUCCAUGUUUGUAAUGUGUCAAUGAAAUGGUAAGUUUUGGAGCAAUUUCAUUCUUCCGCACCAAGUUUAUCA